AUGGGUGCACCCGUCUACGCCGGAUAUAUGCUCAGUUACGCAGAUGCGGAAGUCUGGAUAGAAAAGAAAGGCUGGCAUCUAGCAGAAGAUGGUCUUGUUGGCCGCUGCAUACGGCAGAACUGGGAAAAGCUUGGCCCAGAUGCAUCCGGCGACGUAAUGUCAACGGAUUGGCCCAAGGCCAAGUUCAAGCGGGUUCUGGACGAGAACGGACAAGUAGUGCGGCACCAGCUCGUCAGAACGGCCAACCCUAUUGUAAUGAUCGUGCGCGUCACGGGCUACGACAAAAAGGCGACCGCUUCUUCCUGUAUUUGGGUUGAGGAAAGGGAGUCCGAUCGCCAGCAAAAAGCCAUCCUAGAGGGAACACAUGGGAUCGAGUGGAAGUGGGUGGUGGUUCCUGACCCGUUCAUGCGCCUUCCGUUCGAUUGCGUCGAGGACGUUCCGGAGGAUUACUACAGACGCGGAUCCGAGCGAGUAUUUGUUAACGUCGAGUAA